AAAAAGUCAAAAGCUGUGACUCACAACGCUCGCACAUAAACAAUUGAUCUACGCUUAUCUGACUAUACAUUACCGCGAAGAAUAUUCACACCAAUGUGUGAUAAACAAACAACGGAAUUGUUGGCAUUAACAUAACAAAAGCAAAGCAAUUCAGUGGCAAUGAUUCGACGAGUCGAAAUAUCACGAUUUCCUUCGAUGAAAGAGUUUUUUUUGGUCGAUAUUCUUCGAAAGUGAAAGCAGUGACAUAAAACCAAUUUACGGUAUAUCAUGUUCCAAUAAAGAAUAAAGAGAUCUAUUAUCGUGAUAAUUGCAAUUAAUCAGUUUUUACAUUUUAUAAAAUAAUGUUCAUGCAAUGCGAUUCGCGUGUGUUCUAAUCAAUAGAUUAAAAAUGAAUGUCAACGUUUGAUUUUAUUCUUUCGAUUGUUAAUAACAAUUAAAUUAUCGAUUAAACCACAAACUGAAUUAGUUUUUCAGUCUUGAAUUGAUGGUCGGUGGAAUCUAACGAGGUUCCAGAGAGAGAGACCACCUUUUUCAUCCGAUUUCGCAUGAACUUGACAAAUAACUUGUGACAAUGAGAUCAACAAUAUUUGCGAUAAUUCUGUGUAUCGGCCUGUUGUUGGUAUCAAUAUCAAUGAUACGAUUUAUCGGCUAUGCUGAUAACGUUGAUGAAGAAGAACUUCAGAAGCGUGACGAGCGUUUUAAAGUUAAAGUACAAAAUAUACACAUGAAUGAACAUCCGGACCAUUUAUUCUGGUUUGUACAGAUUUCCGAUCUUCACAUCAGUCAUCUAGAAGAUAAGCAACGAAUCGUUGAUUUUCGAAACUUUGUAACUGAAACACUGGACGCAAUUAAACCGCCGGUGGUGUUGGCUUCAGGGGAUUUAACUGAUGGAAGAGGAGAUGCAUUCUAUUUAUCGCACCAGAAUGAUGUAGAGUGGAAAACUUAUCAGGACAUUCUAACCCAAGCUAAUGUGACGGGCAAAACGAUUUGGCUUGAUAUUCGUGGAAAUCAUGAUACAUUCAACGUGCCAUUGUCAAACGAUGUCCAUUUCAAGCGUUAUUCCGUCCAAGGUGCCAAGCAUAAACGCUCCUAUAUGGAAAUAGUUAAGGGUUCAAAUGGUGAUUUGUAUUCAUUCAUUGCUGUUGAUGCCUGUUUGGAGCCAGGGCCUAAGAUGCCAUACAAUUUUUUUGGCAUGUUAACGCAAAAUGACACCGAUCAGUUGCAGCUAUUGGUCGAUGAAUCCAAAAAAGCAGGAGUCAAUCACACAAUUUGGUUCGGUCAUUAUCCAACCAUGAACAUUGCAAAAAUGAACAAGGACCAUCGUUCGUUGCGUCGGAUAAUCAGGGAUUAUGACAAUAGUUUAGCUUACAUGUGUGGACAUUUUCACACCAUCUCUGGAUUGAUUCCCCGAAUGUACGCACUGCAAGACGAAAGUUUUCUUGAGCUUGAAGUCGGCGAUUGGAAAUGGUGCAGAAAAUUUCGAGUGGCUGCAAUCGAUCAUGGGCUAUUCUCAUUUGUCGAUGUUUAUAAUGGUGUUUGGCCCAUUGUAUUGAUUACGAACCCGAAGCAUGCACUUUUUUAUGUUCCGCAUCGACAUGAAUCGACGAUUCAAUUAGAUUCAACGCAUAUUCGAAUUUUAGCAUUUUCUCCAUCGGGGAUCAAAAACUGUACGGUAGAGAUAGGCACCGAAGGCAACAAGAUCUGCCAGCAAAUUAAUGAUAACUUUUUCGUCGUUCCAUGGGACGCGAAGCGUUAUAAAAAUGGUUUGCAUGACUUAAAAGUGACUGUUGUGGAUAACAAGGAUCGAGAAAAACAAGUGAUACAACCGUUUCGAUUGGAUGAAAAACAAUCGCUUCAAUUUGACCUAUGGGCGCGACUCAUUCUGAGAAGUGAUGCCACCGCCGUGUUUCAGAUUCUCUUCUGGUUAUCUUGGGUUAUUUGUGUUGUUCCAUUGAUUUUCCUGCGAAUUUGGCAUGAGUUAGUCAAAGUUGGUUGCCUUCGGCGAAGGCAUAGCAGCUGCCGGUCAUCCAUGUCAUUGUUUCAACAAUUUUGGAUCCUAUCAUCUGUGGAUCGAAUCUUUUGGCCGCUGAUUUUAUACUGCGUCUAUCUUACGGUUGGACCAUGGGUAGUUUCGGAUUUAGUUGAUGGUCACUAUGGAGUGGUUAUGUAUAUCGGCAAUUAUGUGGAGGGCACGCAUUUAGCUGGAGGAAUGACAUGUUUCCUUGGAUUUACUCAGUUACUUUUCUGUCAAUUCCCAUUGAACUGGAUUUACUCAAAAUGUCUCGCACAACGAUACUAUCAAGUGAUUGGAAUGCCAACGAAAAACCAUCGCAGAUGGUUUUGCAUGCUAAGAAUUGUCUUACUGCUUGUAUUCUUUGCCAUUAUCACCGUUGAAAUAUUUUUCACCAUAUUAUUUGGCUUUUUCUAUGGUGUGGUCGGAUUCUUUCUGGGUUUCUUCCGAACUUGGACGGUCUUGUUGCACAUCUUACUCUAUUAUUUGGCCAAGACUGCUCCGGAUAAUUCGUUGAGAUCUUCGAUUUAUGUUUGGAGUAGAGCCGACAAGUCGACUGGUGAAAAUCAGUCAACUGAUGCAAAUUGACGAGACGCACAGCCUUUAAAUUUGGAGUUGAUGCUUUACAUUGCCUUAUAUUGCUGUUAUUACUCAAAUCUUUGCCAGAGUUUGUGUGAUACGUAUGACCUUCUUAUUGGUCAUACGUAUGACCUUCUUAUUAAUUUAACUGAUCAACUAUGGAUAUGAUGUUUUUGAAGACACGGGAUUUAUACCAUUUUAUUUACCCAUUUAAUAACUUUAAUACCAUAAUCACAAUUGUUGUUUAAAUAUGUUCAUAAUUGUGUUAGAAAAAGAUGCUUUUAUAUUAGAUGAGGAUAAUUUGACUUGAAAAAUCCAAAUUGAUCUGGAAUGAGUUCCUAUAAAAUAAAUAAAUGUGAUGAAAAGAUUGAAAUAUUUUUUUUAAAAAAUAAAACAAAAAGGAGUUAAA